UGGGCGCGCUGAGGGGAAGAGGCCCGCUGGAGGCGGCCAUGUUGGGGGCCCGGGGCGGGUGGCGGGUCCUGCGCCGCUGCCCUUCCUCCAUCUUCUCCUCUUCCUCCUCCUCCUCCUCCUCCUCCUCCUCGUCCUCCUCCCUGCCCAGGGAGCAGCGGGCACCGGCGGCGCGGUUGCGGGUCCGCCAGGCGCUGGGGGCCCGGGAAGCAGCGGGCGAGGUGCAGGUGCAGGGCUGGGUCCGCUCCAUCCGUGCCCAGAAGGAGGUUUUGUUCCUGCAUAUCAACGAUGGGAGCUCUCUGGAAAGCCUCCAGGUGGUUGCUGACCCCAGCAUGGAAAGCAGAGACCUCUCUUUUGGAAGCGCGGUGGAAGUACGAGGGAAACUGGUCAAAAGCCCUCACAAGAUGCAAAACGUGGAGCUGAAAGCUGAAAGCAUUCGUGUGGUGGGACCUUGUGACGCUUUGUCAUUCCCCCUGAAAGCGAAGGACAGGCGCCCGCUGGAGGACAUCCGCCAGUUCCCUCACUUGCGAUGCAGGAGUAACGCGCUCGGUGCCCUCUUGAGAAUCCGCAGCGAAGCCACCGCAGCCAUCCACUCGUUCUUCCAGGAUAAUGGCUACGUGCAUAUCCAUACCCCCAUAAUUACAUCGAAUGACUGCGAAGGUGCCGGGGAACUCUUUCAGGUUGAGACAUCAAAUGAGACACGGGAAUCUGCGGAGAAGAACCAUUUCUUCAACGGGCCUGCCUUCCUGACGGUUUCUGGCCAGCUCCAUUUGGAAGUGAUGGCAGGGGCCUUUACCCACGUGUUCACCUUUGGGCCGACGUUUCGAGCUGAAAACUCGCAGAGUCGCCGGCACCUGGCAGAGUUCUACAUGGUGGAGGCCGAGCUGUCCUUCACUGAGAGCCUCCAGGACAUCAUGCAGGUUAUGGAAGAUCUUUUCAAGACGGCAACAAGCACCGUGUUCUCCAGAUGUCCUCGUGAUGUUGAGCUUUUUCAUAAAUACGUAGCUCCUGCCCAGAAGACCAAGGGCAGGUUGGACCAAAUGCUGAAGAACAGAUUUGUAACAAUUUCCUACAAUGAAGCAGUGGAAAUUUUGAAGCAAGCUUCUCAAACUUUUGCUUUUAAGCCAGAGUGGGGUUGUGACCUCCAAACAGAACACGAGAAGUACCUGGUGCAGCACUGCGGUGAGGUUCCCGUGUUUGUCGUUAACUACCCGUACGAUCUCAAACCUUUCUACAUGCGGGACAACGAAGACGGACCCCAACGAACAGUUGCAGCUGUUGAUCUCCUCGUACCAGGAAUAGGGGAGUUGUGUGGAGGCAGCUUGAGGGAGGAGCGCCUGCCCUUCCUCGAAUCACGCCUGCAGAGAUUAGGACUUGCAGAUGCCUACCAGUGGUAUCUAGACCUCCGAAAAUUCGGCUCGGUUCCCCACGGAGGCUUCGGGAUGGGGUUCGAACGCUACCUGCAGUACAUCUUGGGAGUUGACAACAUCAAAGACGUGAUUCCUUUCCCCAGGUUCCCUCACUCCUGUCUGCUGUAGCUCAGCAGCUGACUGAAGCGGAGCAAACUGCUGGUGUCGCCACGUGUGCGUAACGUGAGCAUGGGACAGUGCGUUUUAGUGGGAAAUGGAGAAGAUUUGGGUAUCACGAAGCUCUCCGUGAACUUAAUGGUGGCUUACUGAAAAUAACACGUGUUCUGGUGAGGUUAUGGAAGCACAGAUGCUGUUCGUUUCAUAACAGUUCACGUCGUUAGUGAUUUCAGGAGUGAUAAUAAAUAAAUAAACCCUUAACUAAAGGGUUGAGGUUCUCCUGAGACUAACAGGAGUGAUGGGAGUACUGAAUCAGUAUUGUUGGGAGGUAGUGGGGGUUUCGUGUGAAAUAUUAAUAAGGAGGUGUGACCUGAAAGGGACGGGGAGCCAGGACUGCUGGGAGGCUUUAAUAGGCUUUAAUUAAAUGCCUGCACGGCGCUUUGAAGAUUGAGCAUUAUAAAAUUGCAAAGUAUUGUCACGGCUGAGAUGCAUCUUGCUCUUACGAAAUGACAACUGUACAGCGUGAUUCUCCCCACCCCGAGUUAAAAGCAAAUGCUGUUUACCUUGGAAAAAUCAGCCAGACCUAGCAAGGAAAAACGUCGUCCUGGAACUGCCGGAGCGAAUUGGAUGGCUGAUGUUUGAUUUUGUGAAUCAUCAAUAAAGAUGUACGCUGGGUAGUUUUGUAA